GGGCUUGGCGUGGGAGGAGGGCUAAGCUGCGCUCGCCGGAACCCUGCGCUCCAGCGGUGCGCGCCAGGAGAGGGGGCCCGAGGCGAGGUCUCGCCUGGAGUUGGAAAGGCAGCGUGCUUAGGGUUGUGACCGAGAUCCUGACGAGAGAGACUGAGGGGAAGAGAGGAAGGAGGGGCGGGCUCCUGGCAAGGCAUUUGCUCCUGAGCGGAAUCCUGCAAAGAUGGAGAAGGAGGAGGAGACAACCCGGGAGCUGCUGCUGCCCAACUGGCAGGGUAGCGGCUCCCACGGGCUGACCAUCGCCCAAAGGGAUGACGGCGUCUUUGUGCAGGAAGUGACGCAGAACUCCCCUGCGGCCCGCACUGGGGUGGUCAAGGAGGGGGACCAGAUUGUGGGUGCCACCAUCUACUUUGACAACCUGCAGUCGGACGAGGUGACCCAGCUGCUGAACACCAUGGGGCACCACACGGUGGGCCUGAAGCUGCACCGCAAGGGGGACCGCUCCCCCGAGCCUGGCCAGACCUGGACCCGUGAAGCCUUCAGCUCCCGCAGCUCUGAAGUGGUUCUGAGCGGGGAUGAUGAGGAGUACCAGCGCAUCUACACCACGAAGAUCAAGCCACGGCUGAAGUCGGAAGACGGAGUGGAAGGAGACCUUGGGGAGACCCAGAGCCGCACCAUCACGGUGACCAGAAGGGUCACGGCCUACACUGUGGAUGUGACCGGCCGGGAAGGAGCCAAGGACAUAGACAUCAGUAGCCCUGAAUUCAAGAUCAAGAUUCCAAGACAUGAACGGACUGAAAUCUCCAAUGUGGAUGUGGAGACCCAGUCUGGAAAGACCGUGAUCAGACUGCCCUCGGGCUCGGGGGCAGCCUCUCCAACGCCAGGCUCUGCUGUGGAUAUCCGAGCAGGGGCCAUUUCUGCUUCAGGACCAGAGCUCCAAGGUGCUGGCCACUCAAAGCUCCAGGUCACCAUGCCUGGGAUAAAGGUGGGAGGCUCAGGUGUCAAUGUCAGUGCAAAGGGCUUGGACUUGGGUGGCAGAGGAGGGGUCCAAGUUCCAGCAGUGGACAUUUCAUCUUCUCUUGGGGGUGGGGCAGUAGAGGUGCAGGGCCCAUCUCUGGAGAGUGGUGAUCAUGGCAAAAUUAAAAUUCCCACCAUGAAGGUGCCGAAAUUUGGUGUCUUGACAGGGCCUGAGGGCCAGACGCCAGAGGCAGGGCUGAGGGUUUCUGCACCUGAAGUCUCUGUGGGGCACAAGGGCGGCAAGCCAGGCUUGACUCUUAAAGCCCCUCAGCUGGAAGUCAGUGUGCCCUCUGCCAAUAUUGAGGGCCUUGAGGGGAAGCUGAAGGGGCCCCAAAUCACUGGGCCAUCACUUGAGGGUGACCUAGGCCUGAAAGGUGCCAAGCCACAGGGGCGCAUUGGGGUCGACGCCUCUGCUCCCCAAAUUGGGGGUAGCAUCACUGGUCCCAGUGUGGAAGUUCAGGCCCCUGACAUUGAUGUUCAGGGGCCUGGGAGCAAACUGAACGUGCCCAAGAUGAAAGUCCCCAAGUUCUCUGUAUCAGGUGCAAAGGGAGAGGAAACUGGGAUUGAUGUGACACUGCCUACAGGUGAAGUGACUGUUCCUGGGGUCUCUGGGGAUGUCAGCCUGCCUGAGAUUGCUACUGGUGGGCUGGAAGGAAAGAUGAAAGGUACUAAAGUCAAGACUCCUGAAAUGAUUAUUCAGAAACCUAAAAUCUCCAUGCAGGAUGUGGAUCUGAGCCUUGGGUCUCCUAAACUGAAAGGAGAUAUUAAGGUUUCUGCUCCUGGGGUGCAAGGUGAUGUUAAAGGCCCUCAAGUGGCAGUUAAAGGCCCCAGAGUGGACAUAGAGACCCCAAACCUAGAGGGAACCUUGACAGGCCCCAGGCUUGGCAGUCCUUCUGGGAAAACCGGAACCUGUAGGAUCUCUAUGGCAGAAGUAGACUUAAACGUGGCCACACCUAAAGUGAAAGGGGGUGUAGAUGUUACACUCCCCAAAGUAGAAGGGAAAGUCAAAGUCCCUGAAGUUGAUGUCAAAGGCCCCAAAGUGGACAUCAGUGCCCCAGAUGUCGAAGCACAUGGCCCAGAAUGGAACCUGAAAAUGCCCAAGAUGAAAAUGCCCACGUUCAGCACUCCAGGAGCCAAAGGGGAAGGUCCAGAUGUACAUAUGACUCUACCCAAAGGAGAUGUCAGUAUUUCAGGGCCCAAGGUCAGUGUGGAAGCCCCAGAUGUCAACAUAGAGGGUCUGGAGGGGAAGCUUAAAGGCCGCCCUGAUGUUAAGCUGCCUGAUAUGAGUGUCAAGACACCAAAGAUCUCCAUGCCUGAUGUAGAUUUGCACGUGAAAGGUACAAAGGUGAAGGGAGAGUAUGAUGUAACCGUACCAAAGCUUGAAGGAGAACUCAAAGGCCCAAAAGUGGACAUUAAUGCCCCAGAUGUGGAUGUUCAUGGCCCAGACUGGCACUUGAAGAUGCCCAAGAUGAAAAUACCCAAAUUCAGUGUGCCAGGGUUCAAAGCAGAGGGCCCAGAAGUGGAUGUGAACCUGCCCAAGGCUGAUGUGGACAUUUCCGGGCCCAAGGUAGAUGUUAGUGUUCCUGAUGUGAGCAUUGAGGGACCAGAAGGGAAAUUGAAAGGGCCCAAGUUUAAGAUGCCUGAGAUGAACAUCAAAGUCCCCAAGAUCUCCAUGCCUGAUGUGGACUUACAUUUGAAAGGCCCUAACGUAAAGGGAGAAUAUGAUGUCACAAUGCCAAAGGUUGAAAGUGAGAUUAAAGUUCCUGAUGUUGAACUUAAAAGUGCCAAAGUGGACAUCGAUGCCCCAGAUGUGGAGGUUCAAGGUCCAGACUGGCACCUGAAGAUGCCCAAGAUGAAAAUGCCCAAGUUCAGCAUGCCUGGCUUCAAAGCAGAGGGCCCAGAAGUGGAUGUGAACCUGCCCAAGGCUGAAGUUGACAUCUCAGGACCCAAGGUGGAUGUUGAAGUUCCAGAUGUGAAUAUUGAAGGACCUGAAGGAAAGCUGAAGGGCCCCAAGUUCAAGAUGCCAGAGAUGAAUAUCAAGGCCCCCAAGAUCUCCAUGCCUGAUGUGGACUUGCAUAUGAAAGGUCCUAAAGUAAAGGGAGAAUAUGAUGUGACAGUGCCAAAGCUGGAAGGGGACCUGAAAGGCCCAAAAGUAGAUGUCAGUGCCCCAGAUGUUGAAAUGCAGGGUCCUGACUGGAACUUGAAGAUGCCAAAGAUUAAAAUGCCCAAAUUUAGCAUGCCCAGCCUCAAAGGAGAGGGGCCAGAAUUGGAUGUGAACCUGUCCAAAGCGAAUGUGGACAUUUCUGCACCAAAAGUAGAUCUUAGUGCUCCAGAUCUGAGCCUUGAAGGACCUGAAGGGAAGUUGAAAGGCCCCAAGUUUAAGAUGCCUGAGAUGCACUUCAAAGCUCCUAAGAUGUCUCUGCCAGAUGUUGACCUGGAUCUUAAAGGACCCAAAAUGAAAGGAAAUGUAGAUAUUUCUGCACCAAAGAUAGAGGGUGAGAUGCAGGUUCCAGAUGUGGACAUCAGAGGUCCCAAGGUAGACAUUAAAGCACCAGAUGUGGAAGGCCAAGGCCCAGACUGGAGCCUGAAAAUACCCAAGAUGAAAAUGCCCAAGUUCAGCAUGCCCAGUCUCAAAGGUGAGGGCCCAGAAGUGGAUGUGAACUUGCCUAAGGCUGACAUUGCUGUCUCAGGACCCAAGGUGGACAUUGAAGCCCCAGAUGUGAGCCUCGAAGGUCCAGAAGGGAAACUGAAGGGUCCCAAGUUUAAGAUGCCUGAGAUGCACUUCAAGACCCCCAAGAUCUCCAUGCCUGAUGUGGACUUACACUUAAAAGGCCCUAAAGUCAAAGGGGAUGUGGAUUUGUCUGUGCCCAAGGUAGAAGGUGAAAUGAAAGUGCCAGAUGUUGACAUCAAAGGGCCCAAAGUUGACAUUAUGCUCCAGAUGUGGAUGCUCAUGGCCCAGACUGGCACCUAAAGAUGCCCAAGGUGAAAAUGCCCAAGUUCAGCAUGCCUGGCUUCAAAGGAGAGGGCCCUGAAGUGGAUGUGAAGCUGCCCAAGGCUGACCUUGAUGUCUCAGGACCCAAGGUGGAUGUUGAAGUUCCAGAUGUGAAUAUCGAAGGUCCA